GGCUAUAUAUACACAGAAAUGUAAACAAGUUGCGGAUCAGUAAAGUGCGUGAACCGUUAUUUUUUGGCCAUAUUUGUUACUUAAUCCUGCUAUCUUACAUCAAGAAACCUAAAUUUUCCAGCAAGUGUCGCAUCAUGAUAGGAGCAACACUCAUUCUUUCAACUUUCAUGCAAUUUUCCCUUGCAUAUCACCUAAAGUUUUUCGUUCCAUUGAACUACGAAGACCUGAGUUUAGGUGAUUGCGAGUCAGGAAAAGGCUUCGCUCAUGCAUUGACUAUUGCAGUGGAUGACGUGAACAACGAUCCCAAGAUCCUCCCCGGUCAUCGACUGACGUACAGUUGGAUUGACAGCACUAACAAUAACGUGGUAUCGCAAGCCAUGCAGGAAAUUCAGGGUUUACCGCAAAAUGAAUCUGUUGAUGUGUUCAUUGGACCAGCAUUCAACUGUUCGACUCCUGCCAAAGUCGCAGAGGCGUUAGAUAUACCAAUGAUAUCUUAUCUCUGCGCAGAAAGUGGCUAUUUUACAAAGCAAGAAUUCCCUCUGUUUAUUCAAACCUAUCAAAACACAAACACCCAAGCAGCUUCAGCGUUGUUCGCCCUUUUGGAAAAGCAAGGCUGGAGAAGAAUCGGAAUUAUUUACGAGGAAGGGAACGAGUACUGGACAAAUUUAAAGAGCACCAUGUUGACCAGGACUAACAUUGAUAUUGUCACCAGCAUGCAGGUACCGAAGGUGAAUAAAUUCGACCAAUAUGGUGAAUAUUUUUUGGAAUUUCCAAGAUUGAAGCAAAGAAAUAUGUCGUUGGCUAAAGUAAACGAUAUAUUGACAUAUAUGGCACAUGAGAAACAAGUAGAAGUUUUUGUACUUCUGACUUCAUUUGACGUAUUGAUUGAAAUCAUGGCUGAAGCUUAUGAUCUGGGUCUUGCAGGCUUUAAGCCCGACCUCAACGAAAGGCCUCGAGUUUUUAUCGGCUUCCAACCCGAUGCAAAAAUUCGCAGAAAAAACUACGUGCAAUAUCCUGAAAUUUUUUUCAGUCCAUACGCAGAACCUGUACUCGACGUUAUGUUUCGUGCGAAGAAAGGAGCAAGAUCACUACUGAUUAUUUCUGCUGAGGACCCGGUGAAUAAUGCCCGUUACGAAAGGUUUCGAAAUCUGUUAGUGAAGAAAACCGAGAAUGACGGACCGUUCAAAGAUGAAGCUAUUUUCGAUCCUUUGACAGGUGAAACAGAAAUCAGCGAAAUUGCUUGUGCUUUGUACGAUGCCGUUUAUCAGUAUGCAUUGUCGCUACAUCGACUACUCGAAAGAAAUGCCACAGUUACUUCUAACAAUGUUGUCGAAGAAUUUAGAAGUCAUUCGUAUGAAGGCAUGAGUGGCUAUACGUCAAAAUUUUCAGAAAGACGUGGAGUUCUUAAUGCUCACCUUUCUUUGUUGCAUAUGGAAGAAGACGUUAACAAGAAGAACUUCAGGAAGACACAUGUCAAGACAGUCGGAACCUUCUAUUACAAUCAGAAUUCAGAAAUAAAGCUUAGUUUAAGUUAUAAUAACUUGAAGAAGUCAUUGGCUUCUGCUUUGUUGUUUAUUUCUAAAGGGAAGAUGUGUGAAUUAUUGUGGAAUUGA